AUGCGAUGUGACACGAUAUGCAGGCUGGACGCGGCUGCAUAUACGCUCCCAGCGAGAGCUUUAAGUGGGGUACGCGAUGCUACCCCGCGGCGGCUUUUGUCAUCCAAAUCAUGUCAUCGUGGUAGCUUGAGCUUGGUGACAUCUGCUACCCUAUCUGCACACGCCACUUCCGACAUUAGUGGGCCUUGUCGGCGUUGUCGGGAAUUCUUUUGCACACGACUUGCCCAUUGA